GGGCGGAGCACGGGCAGCCACGGCGCGCGCCGGCCCCCGCGCACACGUGCGUGCAGUGAGCCAGGUGCCCCCGCUGCACCCGCCCUCGGGCUUCGCGCGCCCCCGCCAGAGCCCAGCUAGCCUCGCGGCUCCGGGGUCGACCGGGUCGGAACGGCCGCGUCCCCUUUCCGGACGCGGAGAGCGCGCGGGGCGCCGGCGCCGCCGGUUAAAGUGCCGCGGGGCAGGGGCCGGGCCGCGGCCACCCGCUCCUCCCGCUCCGACCCCGACUGUCGGGCCCUCGGCCGAGUCGCCCAGGGUGAGUAGCCGCGGACGCGCCCCGACCACCCCGCAGCAACGCCGCCCGGCCGGAAGCCCGGAGAGGCCUGGGGGCCGGAGGUUUGGGGCCAGGCUGGACGCCGAGACCUGGACCCGCUUUACACAAUCGCCCCGCCCCGCGAAGCGAAACGGGUGGAACGCGGACUGCCGAAGCUCACUGUCUCCUUUGAGGGAGCGAGUUCUUUCAGCUACGAGGUGUUAGAGCGGUAGGAGUGCCCGCUGCCCGACCCCAGGCUUUCUGAAAUGGGGUCUUGCUAUGUUACUGAGGCUGAUGUUGAACUUCUGGCCUCAAGCAAUCCUCCUGCCUUGGCCUCCCAAAGUGCUGGGAUUACAGGCGUGAGCCACUGCGCCCAGCCUACAAUCACAAAGAGUGUGUAGGCCAGCCCCGGUCACAGAGUGCACCGUAUCCUGUCACUUCUGGAUGUGAGGGAGAAGUGAGUCAUCUCAUUCCCCUCCGUGGAUCAGAGGACUUGGACUAGAUAGAAGCAUGUGGUGUCUCCUACGAGGCCUGGGCCGGCCUGGAACCCUGGCACGGGGAGCCCUGGCACGGGGAGCCCUGGGGCAGCAGCAACCCCUGGGUGCCCGGGCCCUGGCCAGCACGGGCUCUGAGAGCCGGGACGAGUACAGCUACGUGGUGGUGGGCGCUGGCUCGGCUGGCUGCGUGCUGGCCGGGAGGCUCACGGAGGACCCCGCCGAGCGCGUGCUGCUGCUGGAGGCCGGGCCCAAGGACGUGCGCGCUGGGAGCAAGCGGCUCUCGUGGAAGAUCCACAUGCCCGCGGCCCUGGUAGCCAACCUGUGCGACGACAGGUACAACUGGUGCUACCACACAGAGGUGCAGCGGGGCCUGGACGGCCGCGUGCUGUACUGGCCACGCGGCCGCGUCUGGGGCGGCUCCUCAUCCCUCAACGCCAUGGUCUAUGUCCGUGGGCACGCCGAGGACUACGAGCGCUGGCAGCGCCAGGGCGCCUGUGGCUGGGACUACGCGCACUGCCUGCCCUACUUCCGCAAGGCGCAGGGCCACGAGCUGGGCGCCAGCCGGUACCGGGGAGCCGAUGGCCCGCUGCGGGUGUCCCGGGGCAAGACCAACCACCCGCUGCACUGCGCAUUCCUGGAGGCCACGCAGCAGGCCGGCUACCCGCUCACCGAGGACAUGAAUGGCUUCCAGCAGGAGGGCUUCGGCUGGAUGGACAUGACCAUCCAUGAAGGCAAACGGUGGAGCGCAGCCUGUGCCUACCUGCACCCAGCACUGAGCCGCACCAACCUCAAGGCCGAGGCCGAGACGCUUGUGAGCAGGGUGCUAUUUGAGGGCACCCGUGCAGUGGGCGUGGAGUAUGUCAAGAAUGGCCAGAGCCACAGGGCUUAUGCCAGCAAGGAGGUGAUUCUGAGUGGAGGUGCCAUCAACUCUCCACAGCUGCUCAUGCUCUCCGGCAUCGGGAAUGCCGAUGACCUCAAGAAACUGGGCAUCCCUGUGGUGUGCCACCUACCUGGGGUUGGCCAGAACCUGCAAGACCACCUGGAGAUCUACAUUCAGCAGGCAUGCACCCGCCCUAUCACCCUCCAUUCAGCACAGAAGCCCCUGCGGAAGGUCUGCAUUGGUCUGGAGUGGCUCUGGAAAUUCACAGGGGAGGGAGCCACUGCCCAUCUGGAAACAGGUGGGUUCAUCCGCAGCCAGCCUGGGGUCCCCCACCCGGACAUCCAGUUCCAUUUCCUGCCAUCCCAAGUGAUUGACCACGGGCGGGUCCCCACCCAGCAGGAGGCUUACCAGGUACAUGUGGGGCCCAUGCGGGGCACGAGUGUGGGCUGGCUCAAACUGAGAAGUGCCAAUCCCCAAGACCACCCUGUGAUCCAGCCCAACUACUUGUCAACAGAAACUGAUAUUGAGGAUUUCCGUCUGUGUGUGAAGCUCACCAGAGAAAUUUUUGCACAGGAAGCCCUGGCUCCGUUCCGAGGGAAAGAGCUCCAGCCAGGGAGCCACGUUCAGUCAGAUAAAGAGAUAGAUGCCUUUGUGCGGGCAAAAGCCGACAGCGCCUACCACCCCUCGUGCACCUGUAAGAUGGGCCAGCCCUCCGAUCCCACUGCCGUGGUGGAUCCGCAGACAAGGGUCCUCGGGGUGGAAAACCUCAGGGUUGUUGAUGCCUCCAUCAUGCCUAGCAUGGUCAGCGGCAAUCUGAACGCCCCCACAAUCAUGAUCGCAGAGAAGGCAGCUGACAUUAUCAAGGGGCGGCCUGAACUCUGGGACAAAGACGUCCCUGUCUAUAAGCCCAGGACGCUGGCCACCCAGCGCUAAGACAGUUGCUGCUGGAGGAUGACCAGGGAAGCCCCCUGAUGAGCCAAGAGGGCCAGCACAGCCCUUGCUCCCAGGCUCCUUCCUGAAACUAUCUAGUACACUAGGACCCAGGUGGUACCCUACUCAGUGGCUGAGAAUUGGAUAAAGUCUUGGGAAAUGAGACAAGUACUAGGCAGUGAAUCCAGCUCCUUUUCCCCAGCCUUUCCCUGUGGGCCAUCUGGGGAAGGCCAGCAUUCAGGCUGAGAUGUUCCUCCCUGCCUCCUGGAGGGACAGAAGGGAAGGAUGGUUAACUCCUGCCGCAUCCUUUGUCUUGUGUUCACAUGGUAUUCUCUAACCCAGGGCAGUUGUUCCUUCCCAGGCCAUGCACAGAGGCUGGAUGCCUGCCAGACCCACAGAGGGUUCGCGAAGGAAGGGGCAUCCUCCUUCUUGAGCUGCAAGCUUUAGCUGAGGCAGUAAGUCACACAGUAGUUAGUUCAGCCUGAGCUGGCACAUGAGUCCCCAGUAUCCCUGUUGAGAGGGGAAAGUUGCCUGCUGGUAGAAAAACUGGCUUUUCCUUUCUCGCUUCCUAAUUUCACUCUCAGAGUGAGGCAGGUAACUGGGGCUCCACUGGGUCACUCUGAGAGGGUUGUGGCUCUGGUUCUUAUUAAACCAGGGCCAGGUGCAGGGCUCACACCUAUAAUCACAGCACUUUGGGAAGAUCACUUGAGCUCAGGAGUUCAAGACCAGCCUGGGCAACAUAGUGAGACCUUGUCUCUGGAAAAAAUUAGCUGAGCAUGGUGGUGCACACCUGUAGUCCCAGCUACUUGGGAGGCUGAGGCGGGAGGAUGGCUUGAGUCCAGGAGGUCGAGGCUCCUGUGAACCCUGAUGGCACCACUGCACUCCAGCCUGGGUGACAGGGUGAGACCCUGUCUCAAAAAAAAAAAACAAAAAAACAAAAAAAAAACACAGAGAUUUUUUUGGACCUUAUUCAAGGGGAGAGGAGUCUGGAGGGAAUGCCACUUGGCUUCACUACCAAAGGUUUUAUGACAGCAUUUUAAAUGGUUUUCCUUUUACCAAGAAAUGCAGACACCAAGAGCAAACCCCACGUACCAGAUCACUGAUUCCUACUGAAGCAGCUAGCCCGAGAAAGGACUCUCUCAUACUGGGCUUGGGAAAUGACUUGGCAGCCUGAGCCGUCCCAGCAGUGGACAAGGAUGGUUAAUUCUUAUUCUCUAGACGUCCACAGGAACGGACUAGGAUGGAAAACACAGUUAAGCACAGCCAUGCACCCUGUUCCUGUAGAAAUGCCCCUGUGUGAAAGAAAAAUAAAUUCAAGAUAGGAGUUUUGGAGGAAAAAAAAUACAAGUAGCAUUUACAACA